CGCUAUGAAGCAUGGUGUUAAUAAUUUAAGCAUUGUGAUGGAAAAUUGAACUAAAUUAUUAAACAAAAUGAGUGAAGUGAAUUUACAAGCCUUAGCCGACACAGACAAUGAUCGGAUAGAAGCCAAAGCUCCAACACCUAUGCAAGAAGUGAAUGACGCGUUAAAAAAAUGUGGCUUCGGACUCUUCCAUAUACAAAUACUACUCAGCUCAUUUUGUGCUUUAGUCAGCGGAAUUUUGACAAGCAACACGACGUCGUAUCUGUUACCGAGCGCAGAAUGUGACCUGAAAAUGAAUCUAGUCGAAAAGGGACUGUUGAAUGCUAUCCCUUACAUAGGCAUGCUUUUCUCAACAUUGCUGGCGGGCUUCCUCACAGACACCUUCGGGAGAAAAGUCUUCAUCUACACAGGAUUGGGAGGCUCCUGCUUUUUCAUGAUUGUUGCCGGAACUAGUCAAUCCUAUGAAGUUCUUAUCACUUCCAAAUUCCUAGAGGGUAUUCUAUUUGCCACAUCAUUCAGUGCUAUGAUCACUCUGACGUCAGAGUUCUGCCACAACGGCAUCCGUGAUCGAGUCGUCAUUUGCCAGUCAUCAUUCCAGUCAAUGGCGCAGGUUCUCCUCGCGGUUAUGUCAUGGGGAAUCCUGACCAACAACUGGAGGUAUACCCUGUUUGAUGGGAAACUUGUCCUCAACACAUGGAACUUCUACCUCUACCUCAUGUCUCUGUGGUCUUUCACCGCCUGUAUUUUGUACAUAUUCGUGCCUGAGAGCCCUAAGUACAUGGUAACGCAAGGAAAAUACGCAGAAACUAGAGAAAUACUCACCAAGAUAUACAGGAUGAACAAUAGAAAAGCAGAAGAUCAGUCUCCGUUUAAAGACCUAUUUAAAACGGAGCAAAAACUGGAAAAAGUUCAAGAAAACAAAAAUAACGGAUUCGCCCACCAUAUUGUGGUGGGCCUUCACAAUGUGAAGCCUAUGUUCCAAAAACCUUUACUAUUUUAUCUCAUUCUGAUAUGCUCAAUGAAUUUUUGUAUUAUGAAUCUGUACAACGUAGUGAGGUUGUGGUUUCCCCAGGUGUCCACAAUUGUCGAACACAACAGUUUUAUCACAGAGAAUGGGGACACUCAGAAUCUAUGCCAGAUGUUGGAUACUUAUACACAUAAUCUCGUUGAAACAAGGAAUGAGACGGCUGUGUGUAUACCUAAAACCAGUGGUGCCGAGACCUAUAUCAACAGUAUAAUACUCGGAUCCGUUUCCAUUAUACCCUACUUCCUAUCAGGGAUGCUAGUGACCAAAGUUGGAAAGAAACCGUUGAUAAUCAUAGGCUCGUGUUUAACAGUGGGAAUAACCUUGGGGAUGAGAUGGGCGACGUCUAAAGCUCUUGUUGUCUCACUCUUCGCUGCAGACUGUGCUUUGUCACAAUCAAUGAUGAGCUUUAAUCAAGCAUUCAUCAUGGAAUUCUUUCCGACGACUACGAGGACAUUAGCGAUCUCAAUGAUAAUGAUGAUGGGGAGAAUAGGCACUCUGGUGGGGAAUAUUGGAUUCCCUGUAUUACUGAAAAUGGGCUGCGUCAUACCUUUCUAUAGCUUGGCUGGUGUCAUGAUAUGUGUGAUCUUCAUGGCUAUAUUCCUACCGACAAAGAAGAAGUAAUUUAAGUUCUGAAUUAAGUUGACUGUAAUUUAAUUUUUACUAUUAUAAUUUAUUGAAAUCA